AUGACCGAGAAGACGCCUCGAGAAGAUAAAAGGCACGAAGAGGAGGGUGCGGAAUGUCCAUCCCAAAGGACUUUGUGUUCUGACAAUGGCAACGACGGUGAAGAAUGCUUUGAUGAAGAAUGCUUUGAUGAGGAAGAGCACCUGGCGGAAGAGCACACUGGCCCUCAUGUCUUACAAGUGAAAGACAUCGAUAAUAGAAGAAAAUCUUUCUGUAUUACUGAAAACGCUGGGGCGGAAAAGUGGUUACAGGGCGAAGUACGUCGAUUCCUAUACAACAAAAAUCCGUUUCCAACCGAUGAAGAGUGUGAUGAUGAAUGCGUGGCUAUGUGCAGGCGAUUCCUGAAGCUUGAUGACGAUGAUGAUCAAAAAAUAAUACCUUCAUACAAGACGACACAAGUUUUCUUUAAGAGUGUCUCAUCCAUAAGAGGAUCAGUGCACACAAGCACUGGCAGGCAAUUGCAAGCGUACGAAUUUGACAAUACCAACCUACCAGAUAAAUGCAAAGAGCGGUCACGACGACAGUAUCGCUAUCCCGUUGAUGGCGUCAGAUUUGCAAGAGAGAACUUCCGAUCCACCGGCGCAUUAUUACAAAACAAGGCUCUUGGUGAGCUUAUUGCAAAGAUUUUCUACAAUGACAUUGUAGGAAAAGCCCGCAUGCCAUAUCCUGAAAAGCCCUUGCCAAUUCCUUUGAUUGCAUUUUCAUUCUGUGCUAUUCUUUAUCGCAUGACCAUUGCCUAUGAUAUCAAGCUCAUCGAUCCAGCCAUGAAGUCCCCAUUUAAGCGAAACAGUGGAUAUUGGUAUCGAAUGUACCAUCAUACGCUCAAGGGAAAGGGGAGUACAGAAGAUGAGAAGAUUGAUUGGCAAGCUGUUCAAAGUGUUCAAACACAAGUGGUGCGGGAUUUGACAGGCAGAAGUGAUGAUAUGAGUGGUGUCGCUACAAAAGUUUUGAGUGCGACGAUUGUUGAUGGUGAAUACGAAACAUCAAAUGAUGAAGCAUAA